AUGCCUUCGUCAUCCUCAUUCCUCCUCCUCCUCCUCCUCCUGGCUCGUGACGUGUGGAGCUACGAGGCUCCCGAGGACAAACAGGAUGUGUUUGCAGGAAGAGCGUGUCCAGCUUUUCUGAGCUUCACCAACGCUGCGUAUCUGGCUGGAGUCACGGUGGAGCUGCCCUGUCACUGCAAACCUCAGCAGGUCCAAUCAGUCCUGUGGUUCUUCAGGAAACAUCUGGGCAGCUCCGAGGAGACUGGAGCUCUGGGCCAUCACCAUGACAACCAGCAGCUGGACACCAGUCAGGUCCCUCACAGCGACGACCUGCGGAGUCGAUUCUCCAUCCGUCUCUUCAGUCUGUUGAUCUUCAGGACAGGACCCGACGACUCGGGCAUCUACAUCUGCGGCUCCGCCCAGAAAGACUUCUUCUAUGGUUACGACCUGGACGUGCAGGAGGUGCACAGGAUCAGCGUCACUCCGAG